UUUAUCAAUUUUAGAUUUCAGAUUAUUCAAUUUGGGAGCAAUGAUAGGUACCUAUAGAUGUUAUGAAUGACCUUUCAGUUAAUUUUGAGAUAUUUUUGCGAUCACUUUAGAAUCUUCUUGCAGUCGAAUUUACUUAUUUUUUUUUUGCUCAAAGACAAAAUGUGGUCUAAAUUGAAUGCUCGUGUUUUGAGAAAUAUCUAUUUGGGUUUAUGCUUUGUGGUGCUAUUCAGUGCAUUUAGUGCUUUAGUCAGCGUCCAAAAAACCAUCACAGCGAGCAUCCAACAUGAUAACCCUUCGUACAAAACAGACGCUUAUAUUUCUUUGGGCAUUGUCUACACAUCGAUGGCGAUUGGGAUGUGGCUAUCACCCGGAAUAAUUGCCAAAAUAGGCUCCAAAUGUGCCAUGAUCAUCGGAUCUUUUUGUAAUACAAUUUACAUGGCAGCUUUCUACACCGAACAAAGCUUCUGGAUUUAUCUAUGUGCAGCCAUUUGUGGAUUUGGAGGAUCGAUCAUGUGGACUGGGCAAGCCAAUUACAUCGUUCUGAAUUCGGAAAUAGGGAAAGUGCAUUCGGGAAUAGGAGUUUUUUGGAUUUUGUAUCAAUCUAGUCACUUCUUAGGCAAUUUGAUAAUAUACUUUGAAUUCAAUCACGAGAAUCAGUCCGUUGAUAAAGCCAUGAGAACGAGGAUUAUCUCAGUUUUUGUAUUCUUUGCUGCGAUGGCAACGUUAAUGAUGUGUUUCAUUAGACCUCCAUUACGUCAUAAAGAACAGAAAAAAAUCAUUAGAUAUCCUUGCACUGAGAUCGUUAAAUCGAGCCAAAUUCUCUUCUCCCCUCGUAUGCUUUUAUUGGUCGUUACGAUGGCUUGUGUUGGUUUACAUUUAUCAUUCCUGAGUAUUCUCAGCUCCAGUAUGGGGUUCUCGAAGUAUUUAUCAGAUAAUUCCAAAAAAUUAGCUCCAUUGUGUGGACUUCUACAAGGAUUUGGCGAAAUCAUGGGUGGAAUCCUAUCUAUCGUUGUGGGUGGCAAAAGGAUAUGCAAUUUGAAACCUCUGAUUACCUGGGGAGUGAUUUGUAACUUGGCUUGUUAUAUUAUCGCAUUUUUAGCGUUACCCAAUGAUUCCCCUCAUGGUUUUACUGAUAAUUUACCACUGAAAGUGUUACCAAUUGCGUUCAUUAUUAUGGAACCUAUCCUAGCUGGAAUGGGUGAUGCUUGCUUACACACAGAAUUAUACUCUGGUAUUGGAGCCAUGUAUCCGAACGAUAGCUCUUCAGCUUUUGCAGUUUUUAAAUUCAUUCGUAGUAUAGCCACAGCGAGCAGUUUCUAUUACAGUAAAUGCCUCGGAUUACACGCUCAACUUGUAAUUAUCAUAUCGACGAGUUUAGUUUCAUGGAUUUUGUAUCAUUUCGUGCAGUGGUUCUUAAUUAGACCGAAACCCAGCCAAGAUGAAGAAAUGGUGGAGUGUAAAUGAGAUUUAGUGUAUCAGUUCAGUCGAGAAUCUAGCUGUGAUUUUAAAUUUAAGUGCAUCGUUGAUUUGUAAGAUUAUGAUAGAGAUUAGAUUCAAGAUAUUGGGCUCAGUACUCACCUCAUAUUUGUACGUUGGUUCUGUCUGUUCCCCGAUGCUGAUGUUGGAAUUGGAAAAUGAUUUCUACGGUUUUAUUACUUUAACUUAACGUGAUAUACUUUAACUUUAUUUUUAUUACAAAUUGAACGUUUUUUGAAGUAUUAAUAAUAUUGUUAUCAGUGACAGCUGAUUUCGUAAACAACAAAGGUAAACAAAUUUUAUUUUUAAAAAUGAAGUCUAUUUCGCACUUGUUUAGUGAGCUGUUUUUGCGCUGAGGUUACCUUUAUUCUGAGUUCAUGAAGUGAACUGACUGCCGACUAUACUAUCGUAUUGAAUAUUUUUCACUCAAUUUUUCAGAUAAUUAUGUUUGCGUACUUCAUGUUUACUGUGUUAUUGUUUUAAUUAAUGAUCAAGUGAUUAGAAUCAAUUUGUAGACCAUUUUGCUUUUCUAAACAACUAUUUCUUAAUGAGCUCCGCAUGAAUUUAUCUCUAUAAGUUGUUCAAAUUAGUAUUAUUCUAAAAACUGUUGAUUUACUUCGUAAAUACCAUGUAACUUACCCGUAUUUACAAAAUAUUAUGAAUUUUGCCCAUCAGUUAGUUUUAUCA